AGCUGGACCGCCCUCCCCGUCUUCGCUGAUCUCCGCCUCGAGCGUCCCAAAUUCCGUCUGAAGCUGAUCUACAUCAUCGCGGUCAAGACGUUCCUGUUUAUGAUCGUCCUGCACGUGGUGGGAGGCCUACUGGCGGUGCGUCAUCAGCGGGAGAUUGGUGACGACGUCAGCCGGUUCAGCCUGUUUCCCCCGGUGGUGAGAGCCGAGAGCGUGGUGGUGCACUCGCUGCUGGUGCUGCUGCAGUUCGUCCACCUGGUGUCGGUAUACGGUGCCAACCUUCUCAGCGUCUCGACCGUACACAGCAUCAACGUGUUCCUCUACAGCCACCUGACGCACCUGUCUCGACACGUGUCCAAACUGCUGACACGGAAACGGGCCGCUUCCGGUGCCGUCUGGAACGCUGCCAACUCCGACCAGGGCGCCAACGUGCGGCCCUGGAACGAACUGCUCGAGGCACACUCGCUACUCUGGGACCUGCAACAUGAACUUCAAAUCAGUUUCAACGAGUGCGGCGUUCUUACUCAUCUGGCCGGUCUGCUGGAUAUGUGCCUCACUUCCUAUAUCUGUAUCCGGGUGACCUCCCAAUAUGGCAUGGACUGGAUGACCACUCUUGUCUGCUUUGGAUUCAUGCUGCCGUCUGGAAUCUGCAUCCUCUUCGAGUCCAAAUCCGUGGAUAUCGUACGAAAUGCUAACGCGGCCAUUUUCCGGUCCAACUACGGCUCCUCGUGGAGCGACCUGCACCCCCGCGAGCUGGAGUUGGCCAACAUCCUGAUGCAGCGCUCCCGCGAGCCCAUGCAGCUCACUGCCAUCGACCUCUUCGACAUCUCCAUGAGAAACUUCGGCGCGGUGGUGAGCCUCACGGUAACUUACGUCAUCAUUCUCAUUCAGUUCAACAGCUGAUUACUCUGCCAGCGCUUCAGAAAUCUCCGGGAAGCUAACAUCUCCACUUCUCGACGUACUAUUUAUUUGUGCUUGCAUUAAAUUAACUUGCAGUGUUGUUUUAUAGCAUCGCUUAAUCAGUUAUUUUCUUCUCUUCUUUAGGAAUACUACUUUUCCCUAAUCGAAUUUGCCUGCACUUUAGCCUGCUUUUUAUUUUCCAUAAGUUUUAGGUACUUGUCCAUAAGUUUAGGUUUUAGGUACUUGUUUUGCUUUUUAAAUAUAUGUCAGAUUUGUUUCGUUUUUUGAGUUCAUUGGGUCAGUCAAAUAUCAUCUCGUUUGCUGGCCCACGGCCAAAAGUAGGCUUUAUGAUGACCUAUGACGAAAAUAAUUGUUUCAAAGAACGCCAUUCUGCCGAUCAAAGAUAUAGAUAUUAUGGCAUUUGACACCUUAUGAAACGCGUUCCCCAUUGACGACAAGUCGGGAAUAUUUUGAUCUUAGUUAAAAAAAGCAACUAGUAAUAAGUAGUAUAUUCAUGCUAUUUUUAUAGAAAAACAUAAGACUAAUUAAAUUGAACAUAGUCAAGGCAAAUUCAUUGGGAACAAGUAUAUGAGGAAACACUGCAUAAAACAGCUAACUCUACCGAUUAGUACUAGUAGAAACCAGAUACCGGGUGGCCCAGAAAAAACGUUCCGAACUUUGGAGGCCUGUAUAUGAAAUACGAGUAGAAAUAGCGAGCCAAAAUUUUCAUCAAGUUUGCGUCAUUUCGUUGCGCAUUGGUAUGCCAAGUUAUAACACUAUACCAUCAUUUUCAAGCUGGCAAUCUUGAGUUGAAUUAAGCAAGACCUUUUUGCUUUUUUUGCCGAUGUCAAACGAUAGUGAUGAUUGGGUUAGAAGUCCCAUGUUA